UGAGAUAGAAAAAAAAAAAAAAAAAAAGGGGAAACCAAACCAAACCGCCCAAAAACAAAAAAAGAGAGAGUUGAAGAAAGAGAAGAGAAUAAACCAAAAAAACCCAAAAGAAAAAGAGAACUAAAAAGAGAAAGAAGCAGCUCAAAAGGAUAAAAAAAAAGAAAGAAAGAAAGAAGAAGAAGAAAAAAGAGAGAGAGAUAAUGAGUGUGAGAAAAGAGAGCUUAUUGACCCCUCAAAUCAAAAGCCCAUCUUUCAUCUUCAAUUCAAUUCAGUAAUUGACUGCACUUAUCGAAGUUUGAGUUUUGAGAUUGGAAAAAAGAAAAAAAAAGAAGAAUAAAAGAGAGAGAAACUGAGAAAGAGAGUGGGUCAGAGAUGAGACAACCAAAUACAGAGGAAAAACAGAGAGAGAGAAAGAGAUUCAUCCAUCUUUAGUCUCUCAUGUCUCAUCAAUUUCAACCAUACUUCAAUAUUAUCAACUGGGUCUUCUUCAUUUUGUUAUUUUUUCUUCAGAGGAGGUAGAAAAGCUCCAUGAAUCAAGCUCUUGUUGUGCAGCUUCAUGGUUGUUCAUUGUCAGCAGCAGCUAAAACUUUUUCACAUCUCUGAAGAAUCUUUUUCGGUGGGUAUCGAAGUUUUUUUAAGAUGGAGAACCCACCGGCAGAUGAGCUUCUUCGGAAGAUCCAAGAGCUGGAAGCGGGUCACGCCCACCUGAAGCAAGAAAUGUCGAAGCUGAUGCAAUCUGAUUCGGACGAUGUGAAAUCGGAGCAUCUUCGUCCUCAUCCUUCAUACCACCACCAGAGGUCCCACUCAAUAUCGCCUCAGCGAUCCAGGUUUGGUUCGCCAAGGAGGAGGGUUGGAGCUGGUGGCGGUGGUGGUGGCGGAGGCUUUGAUGGUUGGGGUUCAUGCAAGAAAGGUUCGGCGUCGUUUCGGCAUUCGUCUCCUUUGCAAAGGGAGAGUCGGAGUCGUGAACCUUUAAAUGCCGGAGGAGCAACUGGAACAGGACCUUCGGCUCUCAACUUUACUGAUAGGCAGUAUCUGAAUAUCUUGCAGUCCAUGGGGCAGUCUGUUCAUAUAUUUGAUCCUGAUGGUCGUGUUAUUUACUGGAACAGGUCAGCUGAAAAUUUGUACGGUUACUCUGCAGAAGAAGCUCUAGGCCAAGAUGCUAUUGAGCUUUUGGUAGAUCCCCGUGACUAUGACAUAGCCAAUAAUAUAUUUCAACGUGUCACAAUGGGGGAGAGCUGGACUGGUCAGUUUCCUGUGAAGAAUAAAAUGGGGGACAGGUUUUUGGCUGUUGUAACCAAUACUCCUUUCUACGAUGAUGAUGGCACUUUGAUUGGGAUUAUUUGUGUUUCAAAUGAUUCACGCCCUUUUCAAGAGACCAAGCUUGAAUUUUCUGAUUCUAAGCACUCUGAAAGCAGCUUCAAUCGUCCCAGAAACACUGUAACAACUAAACUUGGUCUUGAUCCUCAGCAGCCACUUCAAGUUGCCAUUGCGUCGAAGAUAUCAAAUUUGGCAACCAAGGUGAGCAACAAAGUUAGGUCUAGGAUUCGUGCCGGAGAGACCAACAUUGAUCGAGAAGGUGGAAGUGGAGAUAGUCAUCAUUCUGAUCAUGGUUAUUCAGAUUCUGUUCUCUCUGACCACAGGGAAGAUGCAACCUCAAGUGGAGCUAGCACACCUAGAGGUGAUAUACCCCAAAGUGCUUUUGGUAUAUUUUCCCAAGUUGAUGAGAAAUCCGCAGGAAAACCCUCCAGGGAUUCUGGAGAUGAGAAUGAAGGAAAAUCUGCAAUUCACAAGAUUAUAUCAUCAAAGGCAGAAGCAUGGAUUGGUAAGAAAUCCCUUUCUUGGCCGUGGAAAGGCAAUGAGCGAGAAGGGUCUGAGGUUAAGAGUUCUCGUAUUAUUUUUCCUUGGUUACAAAAUGAUCAAGAUAAUGAUUCUCUUCAUCCGAAGAGUAAUGUUAUGAAGCCAGAAAACAGUGCGAAUGAGAGCCAUCGGCCUGCGAAUAAUGAGGCUUCUGGAUCCUGGUCAUCGUCUUUCAAUGUUAACAGCACAAGCAGUGUCAGCAGUUGUGGAAGUACAAGCAGUAGUGCUGUGAAUAGGGUAGACAUGGAUACUGACUGCCUAGAUUAUGAAAUCUUAUGGGAAGACUUGACAAUUGGAGAGCAGAUUGGUCAAGGUUCUUGUGGAACUGUGUAUCACGGCCUGUGGUAUGGAUCAGAUGUUGCUGUCAAGGUAUUCUCAAAGCAAGAAUAUUCAGAUGAAGUAAUACUUUCCUUCAGACAAGAGGUAUCUCUUAUGAAAAGACUGCGGCAUCCAAAUGUUCUGCUCUUUAUGGGAGCUGUUACUUCACCUCAGCGUCUUUGCAUUGUAACAGAGUUCCUACCACGGGGAAGUUUGUUUCGCUUACUACAAAGGAACUCAUCAAAACUAGAUUGGAGAAAGCGUGUUCAUAUGGCUUUGGAUAUAGCACGGGGCAUGAAUUAUCUUCAUCAUUUUAACCCACCUAUCAUUCAUCGAGAUUUGAAGUCUUCGAAUCUUCUUGUUGAUAGGAACUGGACUGUCAAGGUUGGUGAUUUUGGUCUUUCACGUCUUAAGCAUGAAACAUAUCUCACAACUAAGACUGGGAAGGGAACGCCUCAGUGGAUGGCGCCAGAAGUUCUUCGCAAUGAACCCUCAGAUGAGAAGUCUGACAUAUACAGCUUUGGUGUUAUAUUGUGGGAGCUUGCUACUGAGAAGAUUCCUUGGGAUAAUCUCAACUCAAUGCAGGUGAUUGGAGCAGUAGGGUUCAUGAAUCAAAGGCUGGAGAUCCCAAAAGAUGUAGACCCACAAUGGGCUUCAAUAAUUGAGAGCUGCUGGCAUAGUGAUCCAGCUUCUCGGCCAACAUUUCAAGAACUGCUGGAUAAGCUCAGGGAGCUUCAAAGACACUAUACUCUCCAGUUCCAAGCAGCACGUUCUGCCACCGGAGAUAACACUCAAAAGGAGUUGUAGACGGAGGUUAUUGUGAUUUUUGGGUCCUCAUUGUUUGCUUCACAGCAUUGCCAGCUGAAGCAGGCAUGAUCUCUACAGAUAUCUUUGCACACUCAUGCCAAGCAAAGUGAUGACCACUGAUAUCCACAAGCGGCUUGUGGAAUUGGAACCACAGAAGUAUGAAAGUAAGGUCCUAGCUCACCGUUUAGCAGACAAGAAAGGGAUAGAAAAAGGGAUUGUGGUUGUUGUCGUUCAUGUGAGCUGCCUAAAUUUGGCGGUGAUUGGGUUGGUUGCGUGAUGAUUGUUUUUUCACUGACAUCAUAAAGAGAGGGAAAAAAAAUAUAUAUAUAAUUAAAAAAAUCUUAGAAUUGGUGUUUUGUGAUUGGAAGUCACGUAGGUCGGAUCUUGUGUCACCCAUUUUGUGAUUUUAUGUGGGAAAAUUAUUGGUUCCACUUGCAAAAAGUUGUACAAAGAAAAUGAAAAUAUUGAAGGAGAAAAAGAGAAAAAACACUCGGUGAUCAACCACUCUUUUUGUC